AUGGCUUCAGAGAAUAAACCUACUGUUCUUGUCACGGGUGAGAAAUCUUUGUUAUAUUGUUCUUUUGUGAAGAAUUUAGCUUCAAGUGUUGCCUCAGAUAACUUUAGCGGUAUAAGUACAUUUAAAGCAAUCGUAAUUUUCUUGUCAGUAUAUAUGCACUAUAAAGGAGGAACCAUGGAGACUGUCUGUUAGAGGGUUACAAUACUUGCCUAGGAUGCUACAGUGUAUAUUUCCUCUUAUAUCUUAAACAACGCAUCAUUUUAUUAUGUGGACUGAGUUUGGGUUCCUGGUUUGGUUAGUUAAAUUUCCUCAUCUCAUGUCAACAACAACAACAACAAUAACAACAACAAGUUUAUUCAGUAUUACCAUUUUGUACAGGUGUUACCGAUUAAAAUAACAAUAAUAAACAGCUAAGUGUAAGGAAAUGCAGAUAUGAUGGAACAGUAGAAUUAACUAUGUUUCUUUCGUCUUUCAAAUGCUUGAAAGAUGAAAUUAGCUGCCAACCUGCCGAUAUGUGAAUCAGUAUUGUUAAAAAGAAAACAGACUUUAUCAUGGAUAUUGUAAUUUGUAAAUAAUGUAUUUCGGUCGUUGAGUCUUUCUCAAAUGACCGUAUUGAUCACAGUGAAAUAAUAUGUGCAGUUCAUUUUCAACCGAAUUUUGGUUGCAAUGAUCAUGUCUUCUCCUUGAUCUGCAGCUGCCACAGUGUAGGGAGGGCCGAGUUUGUUGGCAGGGGGGUGGGGGUGGCUGCUACUCCCCAAUUCUCUGUUUUCACCGUCACGACAUCAAAAAUAAAGAUGCAAACCAUUCAAUACAGAAAGUCCAGAAUCUGGGAAAUGAAAGAAGAUAAAUAUACAAAAAGCCUCGCCAAGAAUUAGGGGCCCGUUUCUUGAAAGGCCUGGAAACUUUUCGUGCUCAACGGUCAGAUUUAAAAAUCAAACCUAGCCUGCAGUGCAGGCGUUUUCUUCAGGUGCACGAAUGUUUUUGCUUGCAGAAGCACCAUGUUGAAACUAACUCGCAAAGAGAGUAGGUGCUUCCUUUGACUCAUCACAAUGAGUUUGUCUAUCAUUAAUAAUUUUUGCUGAUCAGUCUUUUGGUAUUGCUUAGGAUUUGGUCCCUUUGGUACACAUGAGGUAAACACCAGUUGGCUUGCUGUUCAGGUAUGCUAAAAUUCAGGGAUGAACAAACUGCUAAGGAAAGAUCUGGAGUUAAGGGACAGAAACCAGAUGCAAAGAUUAGCUCAAAACUUACAGCACCAGUUGUGUACCUACAAUCCUCGUCAAAAAUCUUGGCACACUUGUGUGCGUUUCCCCUUUCCCAAUGUUGAUUUGAGUAUUACAGUGGUCUCAUUGCUUCAAAAUAGGUGUGGCUCAACAGUGGGGAGGGUGAGGGCACAUUACAGUGAGAACAAAAUUGUGAGGAGUAAAUCUCAAGAAUUUUCUAGAAAAUUCAAGAGAAGCGGUGUCUCAAAUCAAAAUCCUUUUAAAUCAAAUCCUUUAUUUAGACACGUAACACCCAGGAGCACUAAAGUUCUCGUUAAAACGCGUACGUGUAUACAAAUUAGAAAAUUAAAAAUUAAAAAAAAAAAAUUAUGCUAGAAACCUAUACAUUACUACUGUAAAAAUACUAGCUAUAAAUAGAUCUACAAAAUGGCUAAAAGCAGAAUCUAAAACUAAAACUAUUUACAAGCACUACACCCUAAGCCAUGUGAGCUUUAAGAGAUCGCUUAAAUAAAUGACGCAAUGUCUUGUGAUUCUCUGACUUUUGGAGGUAACGCAUUCAAAAGUUUGCUGGCUAAAAAUGUAAAGGAUCGAUGCAUAAACUCCAGAUUAAAGGGGGGUAGAUCUAGCCUUGUGCUAAGCCCACGUAAGUUGUACUGUACAUCCUUAAAAUUAAAAAAUUCUCUGAUAUAAGGUGCCCCCUCUGUUUCAACGAUUUGUGACGAGCAUUGUAGUUAGUUCUCUUACCCUCUCCCCCUACCCUUUCCCCCUCCCUCCCCCAUCCCUAUCUCCCAUCCAACUUGCUUUAGCCAUACAAAGGCAGAUAUUGGGAUCUGGCCAUAAAUAAUAAUAUUGUGUAACUUAUGAAAUAAGUGAAAUAAGUUUAUUUUAUUUAUAGGAACUUCCAGGGACUGACCUCUCCCAGAAAGUGAAUUUAGAAGUAAGGGAAAUUCCUGUGGAGUACGCAGCAGUAGAUAAGGAAGUUCCUGCAUUGUGGAAUGAAAUCAAACCGAAGGUGAUAAAUUUUACUCUUUGCAUAGGAAGGGUGCUUUAGAUGGGUUUCAUUGCCUGUGUGGUAAUGUCUUCUAUAAUUCCUUUGCUACACACAUGAAGGACAUUUAGAUGUCAAUCCCCAGGUUGAGGUAUCAGUGAAUGUAAAGGAUAAAACUACUGAUUACAUAGUGCUGAAUUUAAUAGCGUCCCGGCUUCUUUUUGCACACGGAUCUGACUCCCAGCCAUAAUUCUAUGAACAAAGCACCCAGUAAGCUUUGUAGGAUGCUAAACUAGUGCUGUUUUGCCCAGCCCCAAAUUUGGUCACUUGUUUCCAUUCGUACACCUCCCUAUCUCACUACUGUGCUUCCACAAGCAAGUUUGUGAUCUAGCAAAGCCCUGUGACACCCAGUGAACUAUAUUUCCCUUUGGGUGACCAGGAAGAUUCCUUUGGUGCACAGUGUAUACUGCUACUUUCUUUAAGCACAGCCCUGUGGUAUUUUAGUCCACCUAAUAUCAUGGCCAAUUCUUGUAAUGCUCCUUAAAAGAAAAAGUUAAUAACCGUUUCUUGCAACUCCAAGCACUUCUGUUCCAUGGCUGAUGUGAUUUAUCCUCUUUGUUAGCAAUGUAUUUUCUUUUCUAGUUGUGUGUACAUGUUGGUGUACAUGGUCUUGCAGACUGUGUGCAGUUAGAGAUGUGUGCCCACAAUGAUGGAUACAACAGACCUGAUGAAGGUGGUCAGAAAUGUCACCACAGCUGCUGUGUUGAAGGUGAUUUGAGGUGUAUCAGUAAUGGCUCAUUGUAGAGUGUUAAGAUCAUGCAAUGGAUAGAUAGUGGCAACAGUGGGUAUGCCGUGGUAAGAGUGGGUGUACUGUGGAUAUUUUUGUUUUGGAAGAGAGGUAAGCGAUGUUAAGAGUGAUGGUUUUAAGUUUAAGAGAAACUUCUCAAAAUGAAAUUGUGUUUAAUCAGGAGCCUAUGUUGACCCAGAGCGAGUAACUCCUUUGUGCCCACAGCCAUGCAACAUUGUUUCAUGGACAAGUGUAUUUUUACACGAAAUCAAAAACUGAAUUCUAGUCAGAAUAAAGAAUUUCUGAUGUUUUGAUAACUUUUGCUGAAAUUCUUUUUUCAAUACAUCAGACUAUGGAUAAGCACACACAUACAAAGUGGUGCUUCCAUUUUUGCUGAAAAAUUACUUCAAAGUGAGGCUAAAAAUAAACUUGUCUGAGAAAAUACUAUUACAUUUCACACUUCAGGUUAAGGGCUCCUGGUUUUAUACAUAGUGACCGAUAGGUCAUUCCUGGUUUUAUUUGUUUGUUUUUAGGUGGACCUGAGUGCUUGUCUACUUCUUUAAACCUGGAUAAGAUUUGUUCUGAAGUGAUGACUGCCAAAAGCCCUUGUCUUGUUGGACUCUCAGAUGAUGCCGGAAGGUGGAUAUUCUAACUAUUUAAGUUCUUUUAUUGAUAUUCUUGAUAUUAUAUAUUCCAAACAUUUUGAAGGUUCAUAAAUCAUUUCAUAAAUCCCUUCUUUGAAUUUUGUUACAGUCAAACGGGCAAAACUGUGAACACUGUCUUGAAAUAUUUCAGGAAUGUUUAUAUUGUGUUAUGACCAAUCACAAAAAAGGUUAGGACAUGAGCACUUGCCACAAAAUGACAAACUUAUUAAUGUUCCUCCUUGUGGUUUAGUUUCUCAUGCCCGAUCGGUGAUCGUGAACACCUGAUCUGGUGUUCCCGGUUUUCCCGGUUUGACUGUAAGUCAUGUGCUAGGCAUGGGGCCUCCUCUGUGAACUUCAUUGCCCAGCUUUUCCUACCUGCCAUCGACUCGCAUUUUCCUACUCAUUCAUUUGAAGCUUUAGCGUUUCAUUGCAUGACUUUAAUGGGUUAACCCAAGGCUGUGCUUUAAGACAAAUUGAAAGGAGCUCAAUCCUUUGAACCCGUGAAAUCUAUGAAAACAAAGUAAUAUUUCCUUGUUUGUUCAAGAGCAAAAUGAAGACUCCAGUGGCUUCCAGGUGCUGUUACAGCUCGCUGUAGCUCUAUAACCUCAUUUUGCUUUCAAACCUCUAAUUUAUUAGACAUCUUAGAAAUAUUGGUUACUUGAUGUUUAGUGGUAAACUUUGCAUUUUUUGUUGUAUCACAGGUUUUUAUGUGAUUAUAUAUACUACAAGUCACUACAUCUAGGGAAAGGAACUUGUGCUUUUGUUCAUGUUCCACGAGUGGAUUCACCGUACAGUGUUGAAGAGUUGACAGAGACACUCCGACUUAUCGUCUUAGCAAUGGUUAAGGAACUCAGCUAGUCAAACAAAUGAAUAUAACCUCGUUCACAGUAUUCUCUAAGAGUUGAAAGUUAAAAGGCGUUAGAUAGAAAUAUUUGGACUGUACUCAUUGUAGUGAAAUAUAGACUCCAAAGACUCUGUCAGAGAGC